GAGGGAAUGGCAUGGAGCUGUGUUAGGGGAGGGGCAGCUGGGGGUUAGGGACAGGUUCUGCACCAGAGGGUGGUGGGUAUGUCAUUGAGAUGCCAGAGUUGCACUACUGUGCUCGAGGGAUUUGUAGUAAUUGCAGUUAAUGCUAUGCAAAUAAGUAUAAAAGGUGGUAUUAAGGGCUUUGUCAUGAACUUCUGACACGUGAUAAGAACAAAUGAAGGGUGCAUUCUAUCUGUCCUCCCACCACCCCCUCUUGAGAGCUUGGGAUUUCAUGAGGUGUGUUUUGGAUGACUGUAGACUUGAAUAAACACAGUUAUUUUGCUCAUCUGCCACUAAGAUGACAGUGUUCCAUUGAAAUGUUUGACAGUCUCAAGUAACUGACAGUUAAUUCACAUGUGCAGUGUUUAUCUCCGUGGUAUGCUGUGUGACAACUUGGAAGUGACACCAGUGUGCAGCGUGAAUCUCUCUGUUUCCUCGGCGAGCUGUCAGGGGAGCCUGCAACAUUUUGAAAACACUCCCUGGUUCUUGAAUGUGAACAGAGGUUCUCUAUUCUCAGCCAUGUUAUGCAGCUUUGUGUUUCGUUACUCUUUUUAAUCCUCAGUGAGGGCAGCAGGCAAAAGUGCAUCAGGAAGAGCGGACAAGGGAUUUAUAUAUUUGUAUAAAUCAAAACUAAUGCUCUCAAUUUUGGUCAUGUCAGUUUAGUGGAUAUCUUGCAAAAGUUCACACUUUCUUUUUUUUCUUUUAAUUUGAAAGGUGUAACAGCAUUGGUUAAUAUGACUUGUGGGUAAAUAAUGUAGGUUUUUCUACAUAACACUGUCAGCAUAUGCAAGUAGUCAUUAUCUUGUUCAUUUUUAUUCUGUUGGCAGGUUGCUGUGUAGCUGUAAGUAUCACUCUUAACCUAGAACAGCAUAGAACCUGAUUUUAAGCUUUUGCUAAGAAUGUAAAAUCAGGUAUGCUGAAUCUUCUGAUGAUCUUUUGCUUACAUAGCUAAGUAGUCAAACUUUCAUUUGUGCUUUAUUUGACUAGGGAUGAGCUUUUAUCUCAGGCAGGUAAUGCAUGUGUUGCACAGGCAUCUCAAGGAUAAACUGGCUACAAAAUCUCUGGGGAGGCUCUGAAUACUCGUGUUGAAAGUGAUUAAUUUGCUGUAGAAUGCACAAAUAUCAAAAGGCAGCUAGUCGUUGAUGGUGGGUGGGAAAAAUUACAAUCAUCUGUUUAUUAUAGUAUACUUAAAAAUCAUCAAGAAGAAACCUUUCAGUUGUUUACUACUUACAGUAAAUUGUAGACUGAUCUAUUUUCAAGUCAGAGUGGCUUUCUGAUUUUCAUGGGUAAGCACAGUGUGUUGCAUUAUAAAGUCAGUGACAGGCUGUAAUAUACUCAGAAUCUCUUUCCUUUUACAAAGUUCUUCAAAUUUUUGGCAAAUUGACUGUUCGUUUGUCAGUGUCACUCUAAUCUUCAAAACAGAUAGUGAACAACUCCUUCAUCUACUUUUUCCCACCUUUGCUUAAAGAAAUAGAAGACAAAGUAUGGUUUGCUGAGAUCUUUUACAAUUUUAUCCUUAUUUUCGUCUGUAUUAUAAAUGUAGUUUCUAUGUCUACAAGGUAUGAAGUUUUUGCUGUCAAAGGAACUUGUUAAAUCUGUAGCCAUAACCAUGGUGAGAUUUUCUUCUAUACUGACAUUUAGGUAGGCUGAAAAACAUAGUCUUCUUAGCAAGCUAGAUGUCUAAAUUGAGUGUGGUUUUGGAUUUAACUUUCUGUGUUUGGCAUAAUAGGACUCUUGACUCUUUAAUGUCUGAGUUAUUCCAGCCUUAACAACAAGAACAAAAAAAAAAGAACAAUCCUAAGAAAUGUUGUAGCUACUCAAACUGAAAAUUCACUUCUAUUAGCAACUGAGAUUUAUUUUUCUCUUUAACUAGCUGGAUCCUUUGUUCGUGAGAAUUGGCAUCCUGCUGCGGUGUGGUAUGUGUUCAGUAGUGAAUGUGAACCUACAUUGUAAUGUCACAGCAGAGACGGCAGCGUGAUUUAUGACAGCACUGGGCGACUGUUGAGCUUAGAGAAGCUCAGGCAUCCCACUGAGGUUGAGGGACAACUGACCUUGGGUUCCUGCAGAAGUGAAACUUGGGUUCAGCCCCACGGUGUCGGAUUGUGUCACAGUCUGGUUCUUUGCUGAGCCACCCCUGUGGUCCUGUGCUAUACUGCUCCUCCCACACACUGAGGAUUGGAUAAUUUAGCUGUGAAGGUUCUCUGGCUGCAGAGCACUGGGGUAACACAAGCCACCUCCAAGCAGUCUGUAAAGGCAGCUGCCAUGGCAUGCCCCUGGGCAAUGAUGGGCUACUGAGUUGAGAUGAUAGGUGCAUGGGGAUGUUCCUCUGCAGAAGCAAAUUCUCAUCUGCCCUCAGACACUGUGAUACAGCCUUAGAUGGUGCAAGGGCCUAUGCUGUUUGCUCAUAUAGUGGAGCAAGGCCAGGCACAUAGUCAACAGCUGAUAGGUGUGAACUGAUGCUAUGUGGAAAAUCUAAGAAACAAAACCCAUAGAGCUCAGAAUCUCUAGGAUAACCAGAGGCUCUUUCUCUGGGUAAUCACAGUUGGAUGGUAAAACAAUACCUACAUAGCGUCACAGAGAUUUUUCUGCUUCAUCCCCUGAUUUUCAGGACUGUAAAAUAUUUGCAGUAAUUCCUAGGUGGUCUCUCUUGUGUGUGGUGAUGUCAGCCACUUGGAGAAUUAGUUUUGCUAAGUUUGCAGCUGCUGACUCAUCUGUUUAAAGAAGUUGAUUCUUAAUUUUCAGUGAUAAUAAUAUUUUUCCCUUAGUACAACAGUUGAGGAUAAAGAGCUGGUAAUGAGGUUUAGCAGAGGCUACCACAGUACAGGCUUUCCUUGCAGUCAUUUAACAUACUGCAUAUUUUAGUGGCUGUAAUAUACAGAAAGCCUUAGUUUCAUGGUUCUUCUUGGAACUGGUCCAGCUUGUGCUGUGAAAGUACAAUUCAGCAGAAGCCCUUUUUGAAUAUUUAUUUAUUUUUAGUUUCUAAGAGUUCUGCAUGUGGUACCCUGCAUCCUCAUGAGAAGAGUCCCAGCAGCGGUGCCUUGGCACUAACAAAUGCCUUGAUGUCACUGCUUGGUUUUCUCACUUUCUUUCUUCUUUUUUUUUUUUUUUUUUUUUAAUUGGGUAACAAAGUAAAAGCACCCUCUGCUUCUUUCCUGCUCUUAAAAUCCAGUUUGCUCCUCUUCUCUGCCUCCUCCCAACAGCCCUUUGGGAACAAGAAGGGAUGAUGUCUCUGGCAAAGAAAUAGGUAGGGUUUGGUUGGUAAGUGGAACUGAUUUAAUUAAAUUAGCUUCAUAAUGGAUUCAUUCAAGAAGGCAAAGGAGUAGGAAUGUGGCUUCUGAUUCUUUUUUUCCCUUCUCUCUCCCUCCGGUCAAUCAGAGUAAAAUGGCUUUCUAAAUAAAAUGCUUUUUUGGUACAAUUUUCUCUUGACAUUUUAAAGAAUAGACUAUGUUAAAGUUUUACUUUUUUGUCUAAUUUUGAUUUACCUACCUUUGUCCCCUUCCCUGAGAAUAUUAAAGCAACAUUAUUGUGUGCAUAACAGUUGCUGUAGAUGCAUGCCAGUAGAACAGCACAUUUAACACCACCUGAAACCUCACAAGAAUUGAGCAAUACAAACUUAAUACCACAGAAGUUUCCCAUCCUAAGAAGUUUCUGUUUCCCAUCCUAAUUAUCUCAUGGUCUUGUAUUGUUAGAUUUACUCUGCCAGUGCACUUUGGUUUUGUUAUCUUGGCAAUUGUUGAUGAUACUAGCGUUACUCAGAAAACUUGGAUUUGAAAUUUUGUAGAAAUGCUUUUUCUUUUUGGAGCCAAAGUCUUUUGCAAGACUCAUCAGUUUUGAUGCUGUCUUCCGGGGGGAUGUGUGUUUGAAAGAGAGAGCUUUGCAAAAAAUCUAGAGAGAACGUAUGUGCUCAUGGGUGUGCAGACAUGUAAAGUGUGGUAGGCAGCUAAGGGACUGGCUUGAGAUGUGGAAGACUUGGUUCAGCUUCCUGGUCUGUGUGGUACAGAGAGAUGUGGGAUGGAAAACUACUCUCUGACCUUUGAAUUGGGUGGAGUGAAAACUCAAUCAGCGGUUUCUUACCGCCAGGAGAUUGCUCUGACUAAUGGCUUGCUUUCUUGAACUGGAAAGCAUGGGUUUUUCAUUUUCAGAAUGAAAUUGUUACACCACAAUCAUCUGUAAAUGUUAGGCAGAAAACCUGGUUUUGUAAGAUGGGAUGACUUGGAGUAACAAAUCUAAAAGUAGUAAACACAGGAGUAAGAUUUACCUGUGUCUUUGUGUGUGUGUGUAUACAGACACACAUAUAUAUUUAGCACUGUAUAAAUUCUAUAAGCAACCAUCUAAGCUGUUUUCCAUAUCAGAAGGAACACAACUUUUCUAUGACUGAGCUGAUGAACCCUGGCUCAAAGGUCCACCUCUGCUGUUAGGGCUAUUUGAACUAACUGUAACAGAACUAACACUGCAUCACAUUGAGAAGAUGAAGUCUUAGAUAUUAAAGGCUGUGCUUGUAGCUACACGUGUAUGUACAUCCAUCUUCAGAGAUGGAAGGUGUGUUCCAAUAUGCUUCCAUGCUUGCCAGAAAAGAUAAUUUCCCACUUAAUUUGCUGCUAUUUUCUUGUUUAUUUUUUGCCUUGAGAAAGGAGAGAGCUUCGCUGCCUGUGAAUUGUUCUGAGUUCAGUGGAAAAUUCUACUCUCUGAUUUACUGUAGUAUAAACUGAACAACCCUAUGGUUCAUCAGUAUGCUGUACCUCUUCAGUUCUCUACGUAUUUGCUCUGUUGAACAUCUUUUACUUGUCUUCAUACCUCUGUGCAGGAAUGGUUAGGUCAACAGAUUACACACAUACAUGAAGUCAAUGUGUGUACUGAAAAGUGAUGAGAAGUCCAGUAGAACAACCUGUUCUCUCUUCUAAAAUUGAGCAAGGGCAAUGAUUUACUCUGUGUUUACCAUUUAUAUAAUAGUUUGUUCUCUAAUCCACAUAACUGCUUCCAAGAGGUAAAUUUGUUGCACAUAAGUGGAUGUCUGACGCGGUAAGUUGAAUGUUGACAUUGCAAGAAUCCUGCCUCCUGUGUAAUCAUCCUGGAGUAAACCCAGUGACAGCGUCAGGUUGGUUAUUUUCUUAGAAUUGCUGUAGAUUGCUGAUCUUCUUUUCCCCCGUUAGUAAGUCAAUGUAUAUCCCUUUUGUACAAUACAGUGCCUUUCUUUCCUUGGGAAACAGAUCUCUCAGUGUAACCAGAGGCUUCAUAAAUGCUUUAGAACAGCUGUGCUCAACACAACAAAGACUUUGUUUACUCUGACAUUAUUUAUUCAUUAUUGAUUAGUUUCCUAUUUUUUCCCAGUCUCCCAUAGUAAUGGUGGCAUGUUUGUUUUUUCUUUCUGAAACUCCUUUGAUGGAUAAUUAAGUCUUCUCUAUGCAACCUGGCAUUCAGGGGCUUCAUGAUUCCUUUGAUCUGAAGUACCUAGUGGGGCAGCACGAGGGGCUUGGAUGCAAUAAAAUGCGUCACCAGGACAAGGUCUAUGUAAAAGCUGUUUGGUAAAUGUUCUGAUACAAGAGACUGCCAGAUGAAACAAUUCCUUCCUUCCUUUGUUGGUCUGAAAAGUCACUGCCCUGAAGUGGAUGCUCAGUCCAUUCUGGAUCACCGUUCCAGCUGUGGUCAGCUGGAAAGCUGAUAAUGCCCCAGAGAAGGGACAGGAAUACUGUAAGCACGUGUGAAUGGCUAGAUCUGCUUGGAAGCAGCUGUAGCAAAUGGGUCAGUCCAUUUCAGCCAAUUAGACUUCCUGAGGUUGCAACAUAAUGCUCAUGGGACAUUCUGAAUGGGAUCACAAACGAGGACCCAGAGGAUCACAGUCUUCUGGUACCAGUAUCACAGUGGAUAUUGCAGUCAUGGGAGAAGCGCAUGGGCUCAUUACAGACCUUCUGGCAGAUCCUUCACUGCCUCCCAACGUGUGUACUUCGCUGAGAACAGUGAGCAACCUGCUUAAUACACAGUUAACCUUCCAGGCCAUCCACAAGCCAAGGGUGAAUCCUUUGGUGUCCUUCAGUGAGAAUUACACAUGCUCUGACUCGGAGGAAUGUCCAGAGAAAGGAGAAAAACUAGCUAUUCCCAAGCGCUUACGGAGAAGUUUGCCUCCAGGACUGCUGAGACGAGUGUCCUCCACUUGGACCACAACAACGUCAGCAACAGGUUUACCCACACUGGAGCCAGCCCCAGUGAGAAGAGAUCGCAGUGCCAGCAUCAAACCUCACGAAUCAUCUUCAUCCAGCACCGACUCUUGGAACAGCUCCCUUCUGAUGACAAUCACAAAGAGCAGGUCCUUCUCUACGUCUUAUGCCAUGUCUCCUACCAACCACCUGAAUGCCAAAAGGCAGAGCCGCCAAGGUAUCCCACCAAAUAUUUCACCACUCACUUCUCCAUGCCAUUCACCCCUUCAAGGGACGCCUGCUACGAGUCCUACUGGAAAAACAUCUUCUGUGUCAUUUCCAGACUCUACAGAUACUGACACCAAGCAAGGUUUAAAGCCACACAAAGUCUUAACUGCUACUCAGAGUGCACCUAGCCUGUCAGAACCUAACAUCAGCCCCUCUGUUAUCUGCAGCAGCUGCGGCAGACCCUAUAACCAAAUAGAAGCUGGUGAUGGUACACUAGAUAGAAGUGAUGGUACCACCCACACCCUCAAUAGAACAGAUGAUCCUGCGCAAGCCACUUCUGACUAUGAGACCAACAACAGUGACAGCAGUGAUAUUGUACAAAAUGAUGAUGAGACAGAUUGCUCCAAAGAAAAGGCACGGAAGGGAUCUGUCUGUAGGACGUAUGCGCCUGAGACCAUCAUUCUGCAUCCUUUGAUACCACCUGAGGACAAGCCUGUACUUGCUCCUGAGCCUCUGGUUAUGGACAACUUGGACCCUCUAAUGGAGCAGCUUAACAGCUGGAACUUCCCAAUCUUCGAUUUGGUGGAAAAAAUUGGGAAGAAAUGUGGUCGGAUUCUCAGUCAGGUAUCUUACAGGCUUUUUGAAGACAUGGGGUUGUUUGAAACCUUUAAAAUUCCAGUGAGGGAAUUUAUGAACUACUUCCAUGCCUUGGAAUGUGGAUACCGAGAGAUACCUUAUCACAAUCGAAUCCACGCAACUGAUGUUCUGCAUGCUGUGUGGUACCUUACUACUCAGCCUAUUCCGGGACUCCCAACUGUGAUUAAUGAUCACGGGUCAGCGAGUGAUUCAGAUUCUGACAGUGGAAUCACUCAUGGCCAUAUGGGUUAUGUGUUUUCGAAGACAUACACACCUACAGAUGACAGCUACGGAUGCCUAGCUGGCAACAUCCCAGCUCUUGAGUUGAUGGCUCUUUAUGUAGCUGCAGCCAUGCAUGAUUAUGAUCAUCCAGGAAGGACUAAUGCCUUUUUGGUAGCAACAAGUGCGCCUCAGGCAGUGCUGUACAACGACCGCUCCGUCCUGGAGAACCAUCAUGCUGCUGCUGCCUGGAACCUUUUCAUGUCGAGGCCAGAAUACAACUUCUUGGUCAACCUCGACCACGUGGAGUUCAAGCAUUUCCGCUUCCUUGUCAUCGAGGCGAUUUUGGCUACUGACCUGAAGAAACACUUUGAUUUUGUUGCCAAAUUCAAUGCCAAGGUGAAUGAUGAUGUUGGGAUCGACUGGACUAAUGAGAAUGACCGCUUACUGGUUUGCCAAAUGUGUAUCAAACUGGCUGACAUAAAUGGGCCUGCAAAAUGCAAAGACUUGCAUCUACAGUGGACAGAAGGCAUUGUCAAUGAGUUUUAUGAACAGGGUGAUGAAGAGGCUAGCCUGGGCCUGCCUAUCAGCCCUUUCAUGGAUCGCUCUGCUCCUCAGCUGGCACACCUCCAGGAAUCCUUCAUCACUCACAUUGUGGGACCACUAUGUAACUCCUAUGACUCAGCAGGGUUGAUGCCAGGAAAAUGGAUAGAAGAUAGUGAUGAAUCAGGAGACACUGAUGAGCAUGAAGAGGAAGAAACAGCAGAAAUGGAAACUUGUGAAAAUGCUGAAUCCAGAAAGAAGAAGUUCAAGAGGAGGAAAAUCUACUGUCAGAUCACUCAGCACCUGCUUCAGAACCAUAAAAUGUGGAAGAAAGUAAUCGAGGAUGAGGAGAGGUUAGCUGGGACAGAGAAGCAAGGCGCGGAGCAAUCCACACUGCACCCAUCUUCAGAACAAAUUCAGGCCAUCAGGGAAGAGGACGAGGAGAAGGGGAAGCCCAAGAGAGAUGAAGAAGAGAACACAACUGUAGAACCGAACCAAUGACAAUAUUUACGGCAGUAUUUUAAGACAGAUUGACUCGUGCACAGACUCUUUCUCAAGCCAGCACAGCAUUUAGACACCACACUGUAGAAGUAUGGGAUUAUGCGCCUACAGCUGUUUAAUUUGUUUCUCUUUCCUUUUUAUGGUGAGGUACAUUGUUUAAACUCCUGUGCUCAAGGAAGCUUUCACACUGCUACACCGGCUUUUACAGACUUUCUUUAAAGAGAUUUGGGGCGGGGGUGGGGAGUGGAAUUAUAUAAAUAUAUAUAUAUAUAUAUAUGUAGCCAGGGUUUUUGGCUGCGCACUUCAGCAAAAUACAUUUAAUGAUACGUUAUGGUCACUGUGAUAUUUACAGAAGGAAGUUAUCUAAAGAAAUGCUGUUUCUAAAGCACAUUUGCAGUUAACAGCGAGGUACCAGUUAAGUAGCUUUUGCUCUUAAUACUGAGGGAUAAAAGUUCCAUAGCUUUACAUGUAUCCUGCCAACAUAUAUGUGUAUGAGGGGGGUGCUCAUGUGUGUGGGUGGAUACAAUGUCAUAUAGCAGAGUUUGAGACUAGCUGUAGCACAUCCCAAUACAUGACAAUGAACAGGAGGCCUGAAUUUUAAGAAUUUGUGCCCACGAGGAGGCUGGAGCCCUUUGUGAGGAGCUCUGCAUUCCCAUACUCCUCUGAAGACCGGGCUGCAUGCUGGCUGUGUGACUUCAGCUCAUCUUCCUUCUCCUCCUCCUCCUCCUUCAGCACCUCCCGAACUGCUGGCAAAGGGAUGUGCGAGGGCACUUAUUCCAGGAGGGUCACAAGGGGUUGUGCAGCACGCUGCCUGUGAAGGGCCCUGACCCUCUGUCCGCCUCUGAGUGCAAGAAUGGCAUAUAUGUUUGAGCAGGAAACAGAAAAGAUCAAACGUGUGUGCGUACGCAGAAACUAGAGGCAACACUGCCAUCUUUCCACCGAGACCUUAUGCCUCCACACAUCAGUGGCCAAAUAUACAAUAUAAGAGUGAAGCUAAGCACCAUCUCCUGAGAGCAAAGGAAGGGGAGCGUGGAGAUCAUGCUCCUUCUCAGAAUAAAAUCUGAACGAUGCAUUUGGAGAAGGGUUGGAGAAUGGUGCCAGUCCUGCGCAUGUCUCAGCAACCACUCACAGGAGCUUCGGAGAGCUUGGAUUUCAGUGCAAGGUGCUGGCUGGGAGCAGUUUGUUGCUGGUGUUCUGCCUAGAAGCAGCAUGUUUGAUCCCACCAGUGUACUCAAUGUUUUUUUUCUUUUUACUUUUCUAUUUCAAGUGAGAGGAAAAGAUCGGUCCUGUAGAAGUGCAGAUCUUUUUGUUUUGUUCUGUUUGUUUUUUCUCUGUUGUUUAUGCUGUGAGCCAAAUGUCUAUUUAAAAGGUAGAAUAUUCACUUUCAAUAUUUUAUUUCACGAUAUUAUAUUUGUCAAUGAUUAGCUAUCUAGAUGUAAAUAUGGAAAAAUUUUUAUGGGUUCCUGUAGAUAAUGAUAUCUUUAAGAAAAAAAAAAGAAAAGAAAAAAAAGGAAAAGUUUUUUUUUGUUUUGUUUUUGGGUUUUUUUUUUUUUGUAAAGCUAAUUUUUUAAAAAUAAAUACAAAGGCAUUUUUAUAUAGUGUAGCCAUUUUCAAACCCAACAAAAAGGUCUUAAGUAAUAUGUACAGACCCUUCUGGGAAGCCACUGGUCUGCAGGGUCAUGGCUUUUACAUAUUAAUGCUCUUUGGGACUGGCAACACCAUCCAGUACCACAACAUUUAGAGCGUUUUCUUUUUCCCACAAGAAGAGCUAUAUACAUAUAUAUGAAUAUAUAUAUGUGUAUAAAGCUCAGUAUCUCUCAAAAAUGAUUAGACUACGUAUUCUCUUUUAUCCUAAUCCUACAGCCCCUUGCCAAGAAAAGAAUUGCUUAUGGGAGUAAGAAGGCUUGUGAAAAGAAGAGUUUGUAGGAGAAGUCCUUUCUAUGUUAAAUAGCUGACAUUGCAUCCAUCACUUUUUGCCAUUGUUAUGCAUCCACUGUACUUCAUGGUCCUAUUGAUACCUUCCCUAAAACAUUCUCUGUCAAAGCCAAAGUAUGUUGUCACUUCAGAGAAUCUCUCUGCUUUGCAUUUCUGAUAGAAUGAGAUUUGCUGGAAGAGAGGAGUUUGGUUUCUCACCAGUAGAGAUGUUUGCAUUUGGACAGAAUGACUCUAGAGCGAGGCUCUGGAUGCUCAUAUCAGCAGAAAGAUUUAGACAGUGGUUUUCAAUGAAAUCUGAAAAACAAAGGUCGAAACUGAACUACUGUUUUAAAUUGAAAGGAUAGAAUUCAUUCACAAGAAAGAGACAUCUCACGUGUUCUCCAAGAUCCCAGCAAAUCUCCCCCAGUUCCAGCUUGCACCAUUUCACAGUGCAGUUUUAUUAACUCAGGUCUUUUACAGUGAAGGAUUGCUGACAGGCUUAAAAUCAGAUGAUCUUUGAUUUUAUCCCAACUGGAAGCAGUGCCUGCAAAGAAUCAGAAGUAGCUGGAACUGGUUAAAUGGGUAAGAGGUAACAUUUUAUUGCACUCCUAUAAAUACUGGUAGAAGCCAAUUUCUGCAGUGUUCACUCCUUAUCAGUCUGCAUUUCUGGCAGGAAACGAUCAGGGAAUCCCAAGGUUGAUUUACAUAUAACACAAAGAAAUGCCAGAGAGAUUUUUGUAUCAAAUGUGUGAAUACAGUUUUUCACUUGUUUUUUUUAUUAUUAUUAUUAGCUAUUGAAGCAGGCUGUUUUUCAGUGGUUGGAGUUUUUGGGUUUUUUUUAUGUACUAGUUUCUAGUCCAAAGGAGGCAAAACUUUUGAGCUGCAGUUGCAGCAAUGUUUCUGAGGCUAGACCUUGAUGGUUUCCCACUUUGUGCAGUCCUUUGGUAGUGCAAACCCCAAAUAAAUGACAACCUGUGCAAUAUUUUUGGAAAAGAAAAUUGUAUUCUUUCAUCAAAGCAUUCAGAUUUCGGGUAGGAGAUUUUAAAUGUUAAUAUGAGUUUCUGUAGGUAUGUUAUGCAAAGGGGUUGGUUAAAUGCUAGAGAAAGCCCUAUCUAGUGUUUUGCAGUUAAAAAUAACAUGAGCCAUACAUGAGAAAUAAGUUGUGGGAAUUUACUAUGACAAAGGAAUUCUCCAGUGCUCCUUGGAGCAUUUUAAUUUUGCUUAUUCUGUGAACAAAGUCCCUUACAGAAAGCUGGCGAAAUGGCUAUGGGUCACCAAUGCCUGCAACCUCGUGCUGGCUCUCAGAGUAAAUGCCUGUCACAUUCAGAGUGUGGGUGGUUCCCAGGCAGCUGUGAUCAAAGAAUGCAUUUUUCACCAAUGCAGGUAUAGUUAGUCAUCAGUUUUUACCCUGAUAUCAUGUGUGAACAUCUCUACAUCAUCAAGUUAUAGUCUCAGAUCACAGUAGAAUUUGCACAGAACGUUUUGACUGGUGGUUUGGGGGCUUAUACUCCCAAUGUUCUACUGUCAGAAGUUCUGAACAUUCUGUAUGAAUGAGGAAGGAAGAUAAGUCUAUAAUGUUUCAGAUAGGUACUUCUAAAAGUAUCAUCUGGGAUCUAAUCAAGUUCCAUUCCCAAAUCCUCUUUCAUGCUUUCCAUUCUGGACUUUAAGAUCAUCUGUUUUCUUUAGAAAGGUCUCCUUGAGUCCUGUCUGCCAUUUUAGAUACAGUCUGGCCCGUCAUUCCUUCCAUCUAUCCAUCCAUCCUUCUGUUCCUACCAAACUGAGCACUGGUUUGUGGUACAGUCCAUGAGGGUUGUCCAACCCAUGCUCCAGCCUGGGCACCUCCAAAUCCAGUACUGCAUCCAUGCUGAGCCAUGAACUGAGUAGGUGUGGGGGGUGGCUGUCAGUUUAGGUACUUGACAGCCUGGGACUUGGGAUUUUAGAGAGUUUUGUCCAUUUUCAAAAUGAACCUGGUUAUAAAUGAGCCAAAUGGCUGGGACCCAGAGAAAGCACUGGGUGCUCGAUCAGCCAUUGCCCUAGUGGGAUGCACUCAAUGGUCCACGUGUGGGAGAGGCAGUACAGGUGUGCUCCAGCUCAUGCUGAAGAGAAACCAUCUAAGAGAAACAGUGCUCAGUAGGUUGGAAUGGCAGCAAUGAGUUUGUGGGCUUUCUUUCUCAGAAAACAGAGGCUUUUGCCUGCUGGAAAAUCUAUGAUUCAUAAAAGAUUUAGUAGUUUCAAUUGCUUUUUCAAGCACUGUUAUAGUUGAGAAGUUCCUGCGUCACUGUUGAAAGCAGAAAAAGUUCAAUAUAUGCAUGAACAAAAGAAUCUCAAGCAUCCCUCUGCCAUAUGGGCAGAUGAAAUCAGCUGCCUGCAUCUCCUAUCUGCUGCAGCUGACAGGCAGUGUGAGGCUCAGACCCAGAUAUUGGUCUGAGAACGUGGGUGUUCCUCAGCUCAGCACUGCUGUAAUUAGUCCUUGAGUUGUGGCAUACAGGGAGAGAAUCAAGAGUGGCCAUUCAUGGGAAAGAGAAAAGAGAAAUGUAAUACAAUAUGAAAAAAAACUUUGUGCAACACACUAACUUUCCCUUUUCUUUCAAAAUCAAAUGUAGCCCCAUUGGAGUGAAGUAAGCCUAGGUUUUCUGGGGUUUUAAUCAGUUUGAUGUUGCAGCAUUAGUCAAAAUGGUGGCAGCAUUAAAGGGAACUGUUCCCAGUAAUUAGGGAGGAUAAAUCUUUUUUUAUUAUUAUUAUUUUUUAAGUAGCUCAACAAAUAAACCAUCCUUUGACAUCUGAAUGGCUUUUAUUUAUUUUACUAUUUUCUAAUGUUAGUAGGAGUUAAAGCCUGGAAAUCUGAAAGGAAGGAGGAAAUGUGUCUGAUGCGUUCUCAGUGUCAGGCCUCCUGAGGAAAAUGCACCUGUUAAGUGUUACCACUUAACAGUGUUGGGGGAAUAACUGAAAUCGAGGUGACAGCUAUCUUAAGCAAUCAUUGGAAGAGAUAGCAAAAAUAUUGAUUAUUAAAGGCAAACCUGGAAUUAGAGCAAAAUAGCACCAGUGCACUUGAGAACAACUGAAUAUGAUAAAUCUUUCUUUGAAUUUCAUCGCUUUCAUUCAGCAAAACAACAUUCCUCUGGAGGUAAAUCAAAGCAGGGCUUUAGCCCAUGCUGUGGUGGUUAUUGAAUCCCAGCGUCAGAGGCAGCAGUGCGAGAGUUAGCCUCCAUUUACUUCCCAAUUAUGAUUUAUUCAGAGGCUUUUAGUGUGAUUUGCCUGGCAGGCAGGUGAUUUUUGAUGAAAAACACAUCACGCCUCCUCAGCAGGGUGCACGUGUCACCCGCAUGAAGCCCUGCCUUAAGCCUUGGGGUUAUGGAAGCCCCUCAGAGCUGGCAGGCAGCAGAGUGCUGGCGUUUUUCUGGAGAACCCUUUCCCACAGUGACAACAGGGCAAAAGCUUGAGCCAGUUCACAGUACUUCUUUGAUAAAUCUGAACCAACAGUAAGCACUUUGCAGCUUGAAAGCCUGCCAGCAGCACGUGAGGUGUGUGCAGCAAGUCCUGAGUGUUUGCACAUGUGAAAGGAUCCUUUCAUCAAGGUGAUGGGGUUGGGUGUAACCAGUGGGCUGUGUUGGCGGGCUGUUGAGCUGAAGUAUGAAGUAAGCCAAGGAGGGUUUUAGUUUUUCGGUUUUCUGUCAUCUAAGAAAGCUUUUCUGAGUGCUAGGGGAGGAAAACAAUUAUAGCAUUUAUUUCAAUUGAGAUUUUCAGGUGGCUAGAGCGUGCAAGUCCAGUACGUCAACUGGACAAGAGGUGAGACCUAUGCUGGUUAUGGUGGUGUGUGAGAUCUGGGCGCUGAGGAGCAUGCUGGAAUUUACAGGCAUGGGAAGUGGUGUUCCCAGCAGUGAACUGGGUGGGAAAGUGCAAGUGGUUCUGCUUUCCAGCUGUGUGGAAGCAUAGAGCAGAGGAAAAAGACUUUGUCACAGCCAUGAGCUGUGAAUCCUUUAUGACUGAAAUCUCCAGUGCUGGCUGAAGAGCUACAGAAAUCCGCUCAAACAAGCAAGGGGCAGCAUGAGUCAUGCCAGCAACGCAGGUGUGAGGCUGCCGCCUCAUCCUCUGGCUCACAGAGGGUGAGCAGCACGGUAUGAGGCAUGGAGAGGAGCAAAUGUUGGGUGUCAGCAGGCUGUUGUCAGAGCAGCUGGAGAAAUGCCUGUGGUGAUGCAAUCCCACCCCUUGCCCACCUGGCCAUGGCUGGCUCAGCACCAUGGGCUUAGAGGCUUUGCUUUCCAACACUGUCUUCCUUCACCACAGCAAAUACUUAGAAAGAGACCAUGCUCAUUGCUUUAAAAUAUUUAUUUAAAAGAGAUCUGUUUUUUUUUUUUUUUUUCCAUUGAUCCCAGUAAUUUUUCCCCCGUGCUUUUAUACAAAGAAAAAUAGUUCUGUGACGUGAACAGAGAGAAAAGAGUUAGGGAUCACCAUGCCUGUCCGUACUUCUGUAGGUAGAAGCAUGUUGUCUGUUCAAGCUGCCUUUCCCUUCUGAAGUUCCUUCCUGAUUCUGACACGCGAUGAUUCAAAGCUGUGUUUGAAUGCAAAGUUUUCACUUUAUGUCUUUAUAAACCCAAAUUAAGUACUGGAGAUGGUAUCAAAAAGAUCAAAGGCGGCACUGAGAGCUGCUCUGUGGCAUUGGUGGUGUUUUUAAUAUUUCAGCGUAUGUUUGGUCGUUACUUUUCUAAAUUUAAGUGCACUUUUCUUGAGUAAUGGAUGUAAGAUGUCUGCAUGACGGAAAGUAAUUUAAGUUCACUUUUUUAAAAGAUGUGAUUCGUGCUGUAGGCUACGUUUGUUCAACAGAUAACAUUUUCACGGAGGGGUGGCAGUUUACUUUUUGUUAGUGCUUUCAAUAGAACGUCGAAGGCAUUUUCCAGCGGAAUCACAUUCUGAAACCUUUGCCUCAGCAACUCCAGCAGAAGGGGGACCUUUCAAAAAUAACGGCUUUCCAACACAGUUUUUCCAUCUGGGUAAAAAUGUGCGAGUUUGUACAUCACAUACAAGCUAUACUUCCAAAAAAAAAAAAAAAAAAAAAAAAAAAGCAAGCAAAAGAAAGAAAUCAAUGUAAUUAAGAAAUCAGUCCAGCAAGGUCAAAACACUUUCUGAAUGAAAAUGUCAACUGUGUUGAUGCGUAUGAAGCACUCAAUGCCCCCCUAAACAUUAGGGCCGGUCAUUCAAGUCUUGUAUUUCCAAAUUCCUCAGAGGCCUACCAAGGCCUUUGAGUUGAGAAAGCCCCAAGGGAUUCGACCCUCUCCUGUCCCAACCCACAGGCUUUGGCUCCUGCACUGCUGCCCUGGGUGCCGGGGCUCAGGCGGGCUUUAUGAUGCUUGCUCAGAUCCAGCAUAGCUCCAAAUGAAUCCCUCCCAGAAUCGUUCACUUCGGAAGGUGAGAGAAAGAGGGGGGGAAAUAUAUCUAUUUACAUAUACGGCUUUUAUAUAUGGCUGUAUCUAAAAAGGCUUUGGGUACCUUUGUAAUUCCUUUGCAGCAAUAUUUUGAAAAAGAACUGCCGACCAAAGUGGCAAUGCAGAGAAGUGCCAUCUCGUUCAGGAUUUGUACACGCCAGUUUUUAACACAGUGUUCCUUUCACUAAGUACUGCAUACGUUAAUUUAUAUUUAUAUCUUGUCAAUAUUGUUGUAACCGAGCUUCUCCUUUUUAAACACUUCAGGAACAAGGCCUUGUAUUUUUAGGUGAUUUUCAUAAAUGGAAUAAUUCUUUUCCUUUCACUAGUAUCUUGCACUCAAUACAUGUAGCAAUACUUAAUAUAUUCUCUUCACAAGUAUUUGUUAAGUGAUUUAGUUAAUGGCUGAUCAAUGUUUUGUAAAAAAUAGAUUCUGUACAGGAAAAAAAAAUCUUUUAGAUAAACAUUAUUUAUUUUUACUGUUUUGUAAGUUAGACACUAUAAUGAAGCUCCUUUUUGCCAGAAUUACUGGAAGUGCCUCUUGGUAAAAUGUAUUAUACAGUAAAUAUGUAUUCAAAAUUAUUAGAAAUACUUGUCACAAAAUGAACAAUGUGGAUGUUGCAAUGUGAAGACAAACAUACAACAUAAAUAUAAUUCUGUGGUAUCCUG